GCAGCUACUCAAUGAAGACCGAGUCUUUCCGGACCGUGACCUUUUGAUAGUGAGUCAGCUGAUGAUAGGCUUUCAUCUGAAUUGAAUUACACAGCUCCCUAAACCACGGAGCCAAUUGAGACAGGAAUUUUCCGUGUCAAGAGUCAUCCAAAGCUUGGGAAAAAUGCUGCGUGCGUUUGGCUUUAUCUUAAUCAUUCAUAUUUGGCUCUUGGAUGAAGGAGUGACUGGAAGCGACAUCACAAAGAACGAAAUGCCUAUAGCAACGAAUUGUUCGUUUGCAGAAGAUUGUUCAAUCAAUUUGACUGGAGAUGAGUGCACAAUUGAGAGUCAUGCUUUCCCAAACCAUUUCCUCACGAUGAAAUCCAGUUGGUGGUAUUAUAAGUACGCAACUCUGGAGAGCGGGAAUCCCCGAGUAGCCAAAAAUUGGAAAUGGGGAGCCGUGUGGAGCAUUGCGGAAAUCAACGUUGAAGGGGAGAUUUUGUACCUCUUUAAAGAUCAAAGGCUAAAAAGAUACCUGUCAUUUAACAGGCAAAUGUACAGCUACUUGAGAGGUGAAAGCAACCCCCGCAUGAUGGACAACUUGUGGAGAAUUGCGAGGGUCGGCGUGGGCGGACGCGUGACACUUCAAAAGCACCUGCCACCUCGUGAAUAUUUGCAUGCCUCUCAGCACACCAAAAGCGGCGAGCAACAACUCGAGAUGCACGUGGAGCCACACGCCAAAUCCAGCCAGUGGCUCGUACGCUGCGAAAAAUCGUAGCCGUGGACCGAAAACUCUUUAAGCCUUUUGUGUUUCUCGCCUCACACGUGUUUAAGCUUAAAUUAGUGGCCAUUUUGGAAUUGCGAAUCAAUAGUUGGGCGGCCGAAGUACAUUUUGUGAGGCGCGUCGGUGUUAAACACGAGUCGGAUAGCCUCUGCCCCCAGUUAAAGGUCAGGUUACGCCGUUCGUGUUGCAAAUGCGAACUUUCGAGAUUCUCCUAGUGCCGCUCUCGACUAACGCGCGCCUUUCGUAGCCUCACAAAGCCGCCACACUGCAAAGGCCAUAAUAGACAAUGAAGUCCCUUCUGGUGGUGGCGGUCGCUUUGAUUGUCAACUCGGCGGCGGCCUCCUCCCGCUCGCAACCCCAAACGGGCGAGAGCUGCGAAAUCAGGAACGCCGAGUUCAACACCGACUAUCUGUACAUGUCGGCCGGCUGGGUGAGCCAGAAUCCAAUUUUGUGGCCGGUCAGGCCGCAAUUGGCCAGCAGGCGGAAGCAGUACGGAAAGUGGCGCGUGGAGCAGCGAGAGCUCACCGGAAAAACUCACUACAAAUUGUGGAAUCACGGCGCCGGCGCCUACCUGGUGGCCAAGGGAGACUCGGUCGAAUCCAGGAAGACCUCAGGAGGCAGUGACUCGGAGAUGCUGUGGAAGGUCGAGCGUCAGGGAGAAAGUGAUGGUGUAACCCUGCAACAGAACAGGAAGUUUUUGCUUGCCAAAGAUGACAAAAGCGGCGAGGAGAGGGAGCUCAAGAUGAAUUCUCGGUCGAAGAAGGCUGCUAAAUGGAUAAUUACCUGCUGAAUAUUUGUCCAAUAUAUGAAUUAUAGACGUUUUUAAAGUCUUUUCUAGCUUUUCAAUGCUUUGAAAGAGCAUUGUAUAAAUGAAAAUCAUACCGCAUUCUUUAAAAAUAAAAUAUGAAGAGGAUAUAAUAAAAACAAGUUAUUUUGGGGUA